UCCUCACCUCUUCUUUCUAAGUUUUUACCACACUUUCCUCAUUUCCUCUCUCUCUCUCUCCCUUCUCUCUAACAAAGCCCAAUUAGCACCGUCGAUCGAGAAUGGAAUCAAUGGUGCAGGUGGCCAAGGGUGAAACGGCGCCGUUUUGGACUGAGGAGAGGCACGUGCACUUCCUCAACACCAUGGAAGCCUCCUUCGUCCGCACAAUGCUCCACCGCAACGGAGGGGACUACUACUCCGGUAGAUGGCAGCUACUCCGGCUGGACCGCCACCUCCCGGACUCGUCGGAAUCCACCUUGGACUCGGAAGAAAGCCGCAACAGCAAGAUGAAGAAGAAGCAUGAAGCCUCACCGUCAGGUAGGGUUCUAGAAGGGUCCCCGAUCCAGAACGGAGAAAAGAAGAUCCAUGAGAAGGAGAAGGAGAUCAUCGCAACUACACAUUUCAUCAAUGGAGGAACAGGUGGUCCCAGAAAUAGAAAAUGGAGGAGCAGAAGAUACUGCUUUUGUUGGUGAGCAUCAUAAACAUUGAGUUAAGUAAUCUUCAUUGUUUAGUACCAUCUUCCAUCGCUCCUGUUCCUGCUCCCGCCGGCAAAGAAACACAGAUGAAGCCUUUUUUUCCCCUUUGCAUUAUUAUUGGUGGGCUAUACUAGCUGUUAACAAUUCUUUCUAUCUUCUAUUGUAACUUAUUUUCCAUGCUUAUCUUGUUCCGAAGAGAUAAUAUUUAUUUAUAUUUGAACUCCUUUGUUUUUUUUUUGGGUGAUUUAAGGGUUGUCUUUUUCUUA